AUGUCUCCUAUUGAAUCUCCGGCGCUACAACACCCUCAGGCGUCCUACUUCUCGCCGAGGCGCUCGAGGAGCUUCGCUGCAAGCCCCUCGGAGUCGCGAGCUUCCACGCCAGUGACCCCGGAUGUGCAUACUCAGCUGUUGACGCCGAACAGCAGCCCGAGUACGCCCAAAUCCUUCUCCAGGAUCAGAGCUCCUGGAUUUUCUAAGCUAUCAAAGGGUUAUCGGAAGGAACCCACGAGGCUUCAGGCGCAAUGGAUAGGCACCGAUGCUCAGAAAUCUAGCUCAGCGUCCAUACAUUCGGACACGUCUCACUCAGACUCGUCGUCAGACGCCGACCGCCAUGUUCCAAUCUCAUCGACGUACGCUGCGGUUCCCAUCCCGACCAUCCGAGUUGAUUCGCAAUCGUCCGGCACUACAUCAUCCUCGACCGACAACGAGAAGCAUAAACCUUUUUCGCUCCUGGAGUCCAAGCUUGUCGACAGCAAGUUCACUUCUGACAUCACCCCGGAGGCCGUCGCUAUCAUUAAGCCUGCUUCUAUUGUCGUCGAGGGUCCUAGUCGACCGUCGAGCCCCUUGGGUCUAUCUGCUCGUCCACCGCUCUCGCGUGCGAACAGCAGCAACAAGUGGGCGGAGCGUCUUCGCCAGCGUUCCUCGCAGGGAUCCCUCUCUCGUUCCCCGUCUACUUCCUCGCUGAGGGAGUUCACAGCUCGAGAUGGUUCCUCGCCGCUGCUCCGCUCGCCUCUUGCGUCAUCGUCGACGCCAAACCUCGACCAGCUGCUCAGGCCUGCUUCCCCGGCUCGCCGCCGCUCAGGAAAGAGCAUUGACGAGGCUAUUGACUUCAAUCGCAUCCGCUCGCCAGCGCCCCUCAGCCCCUCGCCGUCUAUGCCCAACCUUCGCGACCCCUUCGCCGACACCGACGUCCGAGCUGCUUUUGCCAAGGACGCCCGCGUGCAUGACCUCAAGCCUUACUGCGGCCUCCCACAGCUUUCGCGCGCCAACUCGACCGAUAGUUCCUCGUCGAGUGGCCUCGACGUCGAAUCUGAGGACGAAGACGAUGACGGCCUUGGGCCGCCGCCUGAGGUUCCUCCCGCGCUCGAAUAUGUCGACCCGGAGAUCGAGUGUUUCGCCCCGAGUGCAUCUACCGCAACGCUUCCGCUCGCUGAGGCGGCGAUGGCCGACAGACAACACCCGUGGAGCGCUCCGCCUUUCAACAUUGUCGAGCGUGAGACGCCAAAGAUUCGCAAGGUAGCGGCGACGUUCAAGAUCACUAUCAGUCUCGCUGUCGUCAUUUCCCUCCUCGUCGGAUACGGCCUCCGGGUUAAAAUCGUGACGGCGGGCCCGUGGUCCUUUGGAAUCCGAGUGAACAAAAUGACGAAGAAGUCGCCGAUCGUCAAAGGUGUUGCUGAGCAUCUUGCCGCGAAGGAUGAGAUCCCGACGUCGGUGCCUGCUCCACUUCCUGAGUGUAGUAUCGCCGUGGUCGGGUACCGUGAGGACGAGGAAGCUUGGACCGGCUGUCUCAAGUCGCUCCAGGCUCAGGAGUAUCCUGUUAAGCACAUUAUUGGUGUCGUCGACGGCAACGACGGUCCUGACUUGGCCAUGGCUGAUGCCUUCGGCAAGGCGUUCCCCGAGGAUCAGCGCCUCAUCUCGCACCUCCCGGUUCUCCUAUCAGUCAUGUACAAGGAGAAGUACUGGGAGCACAUGAACACGCUUGGUCACCCGAAAUUGUCGCGUUGGGAAUACUUCAAGAUGUGGCUCACGCAGAAGACCCGUCCCGGUCAGGCCGAGGCGCACGAAGUCGCGUGGAACCACAUGCUCAACUAUCUUCACGCCAAGGCUACCGAGGAACGUUGGCCGGAUUGGAAGGGCAUCUGUUUCUCUCAACCGCACGGUCACAAACGGCAUGCCAUGUUCACGGCUUUCGUCGUCGGAGCAUAUGCACUCGGAACCAAGGAUGCUAUGCUCACCACCGACAGUGACACGUAUGUCUACCCCGACGCGGUCAAGAAUAUGAUGGCCUUGCUCUUUAGUGACAGCCGUCUUGCUGGCGUCACAGGAGAUGUUCGCAUCUGGAACAAGUCUGAGUCAUUCUUGGCACUCAUGUCGUCUAUCCGAUAUUGGUUCGCCUUCAACGUUGAGCGUGCCUGCCAGAGUGCAUUCGGUUGUGUUGGUUGCUUGUCCGGUCCCCUUGGUCUCUACAAAACGUCGGACCUUAUUUCGGUCUUGGGUCCAUGGAUUUUGCAAUCGUUCCUCGGCAAGGAGACCACUUUCGGAGACGACCGUCAUCUCUCCAACCGUAUACUCUCUCUCGGUCACAAGACAGGCUACACACACCUCGCCAUGUGCGAUAGUGACACUCCUGCCGGCUACGUUCGUUGGGUGAAGCAGCAGACACGCUGGUCGAAGAGUUUCUUCCGUGAGGCGUACUGGUUCCCCAAGAGCUUUGCGUACCACCGAUUCUGGUUGACCGUGGAGACGACCAAGCAAUUUCUGUACCCUAUGGUCCUUACGGCUACCGUCAUUCACAUGUUGUACGCGCCCUCAACCUGGCUCCGUCCGCUCAUCUGGCUCGGUACUAUGUUUGGUGUCGCUGUCAUCAAGAGUAUCUACGGCGUCAUUUGCCUGCGCGACCCCCGCCAGUUUCUGUUCGGUAUCUACGGCUUCAUGUACUUCUUUGGUCUGCUGCCCUCGAAGCUUUUCGCGUGUUUCACCGUCCACAUUACCAACUGGGGCACGUCCGCUCGUUCGAAGUCGGAGUUCGCCCGCCCAGAGAGCUUCCUCUCGCGCACCACGCACGUCGGUCACCUUGUCGUCUGGUACCUCAUGCUCUCCGUUGGCCUCGGCUAUCUCCUUGUCACUGUCUUCAGCCAACCUUACUUCUGGUUCGUGGGCCUCCUUGGCGGCAUUCUCUCGCUACAGGCCUACUCCGACGUCAUCGUUGGCGAGACGAAGUACGCAGUAUACAUGCUCAGGAAGAAGUGGCGUGCACGUCGUGCGAAUGUCACCGAUGUCGAGAAGACCGCUGGCAAGCGGCGCCGCCUCAGCAUCAAGAAGCUGCGUCGCUCCAAGAAGGAGAAGGUCCCUAUUGUCGCACUCACCGCCGAGACAGUGCCUACGGAACCUGAGGCCUCUGUCUCCACUGCGCCAGUGGCACCGCCUGACACGGAGACUGGCGAUGCGCGGGUAUCUGUAGUACCGCCCGCGCUGAUGGCGGCUGCGUCCAGCGAUCCUUUCUCCUCUGACUCCGUGGCAGCCACAUCGUCCAGUGGUCCACACAUUCGCGACUACGCCCAGUCAUCGUCCCCCACCGGCUCGCAGCACGGGAUCACCACCCCCUCUAGCGAUACAUCCUCACUUGCGAUUCCGGAGUUCCAGGUCGCCCGCGGCCGCAAGGUGUCAGCGUCAUCAUCGGAGACGACGUCCUCAGACGAAGCCGGUGCCCUCACCCCCGACGCUCUGAGCAUCGAGCCGGCCCUCACGUACUUCCCACAAUCCAUAUUGCAGGCGCUGUCCAGCAUCCGCAAGGACGACGUCAGCCAACGACGCGAGGAGACCGCGCAGGAUGAGAAAAUGCAAGCAAUCGCAGACGACACCGACACUGUCUUGACUCCUGGUGCAGUAGUUGGGUAUUAG